AUGAAUUCAGAAGACCAACUCGCAAAGAAGGGCCGGGGAAACCGUGAUCGCCCAGUCAACCGCGAGGAAACUGCUGAUUUGACCGCAGAGACCAAAGAUAUCUGGGCCAAAGCAGUUGGGCUCGAACCGUCACAUCUAUCCAUAGAAACCCCGAUUGACGAGUUCGCAGAUGGCAUCAUGAUCACGCAGUCAUACGCCCAACCAGCAAGUUCUUCGACACCACCAUCGAGGACGGAGGCACCCUCAAGACGAUCCAACACGUCAAAGACAAGUCAUUUUACUACCCCCACCCAGGCCAUGAUGCCUUCUCUGGCCUCCUCACUCACACAGUACCUCUACGAGGUGGAAGAAACCAGCACCGCCGCCGUAGUCUUCUGCCUCAAUCACGCCGUCAUGGACGACUCCAUGUUGCACACCGUGGGCGACGACCUCAACCGGGUCGUCGCCGACAUCUCCCCUCUUCCCAGUCACAUCGACUCCUAG